UCACACUGCGUGCGCUGCUACUUAACAUUACGAAAGCGGUCGGCCGGGUACUUUUCCUUGGUGCGUACGAGUUGAGCAACCUAGGUGAUUCCGAAAGCUUGAUAUUUAGUUCACUAACGUUGAGGUUUAUACACAGUUACAAUGUCUGCCUACGAGGAGAACGAGUCCAAAUUUAUGAGAAAAGCCAAAGAGAAUCCAUUUGUUCCUGUGGGAAUGGCUGGCUUCUUUGCCAUUGUAGGCUACAGACUGUGGAAGUUGAAAAGUCGCGGGGACACCAAAAUGUCCGUGCACCUGAUCCACAUGCGCGUGGCCGCCCAAGGCUUUGUGGUAGGAGCCAUGACUGUCGGUGUCAUUUAUACAAUGUACAGGGACUUCUUCGCCAAACCAAGGCUAGAACAGAACCCCACGCAAUCCAAGUGAACAUGGACUCAACACCUUUUAUUUAACCUCCCUUAAUAUUACCUCAUAUUAAGGUUUAUUUUGUACUGAUCGAUUGCAUCUAUGUGCAAGUUAAUAUUAGAUUUGAUAACCUGUCUACACAAUAGUACUGUAUGUGAAACGAUCACCCACUUCUAUACACACAGGUUGCAGUUAUAAUUCUUGAUUAUUUAAGGUCAAUUAUUUGUGUUUAGAUUUUGAAUGGUGUGGGAGUGACAUUGAAUUGGUUAAAAUAUAUUUAUGUGAUGUAAAUAGGCCAGGACUAUAUUGGGGAA